AUGGACGUUGAUACGACGCUGUCAGAUCUGACGACAAACCACGUUGUGGACGCAGAAGUGCAAACUGCUCCAUGUGGAGCGCUAUGCACCUCCUGCAACAUCCUGCACAAGAAGGUCAACAUUCUUACACAAAGGGUAGAAGAACUUACCAUCUCCAACAAGAAACUGUCUGAACAGCUUGCAUCACAGAACAAUGUCAACUUGAUGCCAGAGAAGCAGCUGAUAUUUUAUACUGGCAUUUCGAAGGCAAGAUUCUUAGCCUUGCUGGCAGCUAUUGUGGUGUGCCUACCACAGGCACAGAAAAUCCCACAUUCAGCUCAUCUUCUCAUGGUACUUAUGAAGUUGAGACUAGCACUACCGUACCAGGACUUAGCAUACAGGUUUAACGUCCACCGACACACUGUCAGCUCUACAUUCAAGAUCUGGAUCAAGCCACUGGCAAUUCUAUGCAGCCAUCUAGUGAAAUUUCCCAGUCCAAGUGUUGCACAGAGUUGGCUAACAAGGACAGAAAGAAGGAAGUUCCCACGUCUGCGCUGCAUUAUCGACUGCACAGAAGUGAAGGUAUCACGGCCACACAAUCUGGAUACUCAACAAGUUGUGUGGAGCAACUAUAAGCAGACGUCGACACUGAAGUACCUCGUGUGUGUCAACAAUGCGGGAGCAGUUGCAUUUAUUUCAAAGGCAUAUGGAGGUCGUAUAUCGGAUAAGUCCAUCACCCUGAAGAGUGGGUUCCUCGAUCUUCUCAAUGAAAGGGACCAGGUCCUGGCAGACCGAGGAUUCCUUCUGCAUGACGAAUUUGCCCUGAGAAAUGUGGAGCUGAUUACGCCCACAUCACACCAAAAACAAGCAACAGUUGAGUGCCCUUGAAACUACCAAAUCACGGAGAAUAUCCUCAACACGGAUCAUUGUGGAGUGGGCUAUUGGGUACCUGAAGAAGUGGCGUAUCUUGACGGGGACUGUUCCAUACCACCUCUGCCCAAUGUGUGAUGACAUACUUGUUGUGGUGUCAGGACUGACAAAUGUAGCACUACCGAUUGCAAA